GUCAAAUCACACAGUUAAGCCGCGUUGCUACUAAGCGUUUUCGACAUUCUCACAAUGGCGAGGUAGUGGAAAUAAUGGGUUGGCUACGCGUCUCUGGGCGAAGAAGAAACCAUACAUUUUGUUGAAGGUCGCAGUUUUUUGUCAUCUAUUGAUAGCGACGGAAUGCUUGCUGUUUAGAAGGGCCACAUGAAGAGAGGAGUGUACGUUCAGGUGGUGGGUUUAUGGAGACUGCUACGUAUGCAGCAGCCAGCUUACAUCGGGACCAAAAGCGGGUUGGAUAAGAAAGAGGCUUUCCUACCAUGAGAGCGAGCUAACCCCGUUUUUUAUGACGAGGGAGAAACAAUUGAACCAAUAUUGCUUUACAAAGACGCUGUGUUGGCAACAGCGAGAAUAGGCUACGAGGCAAAUCGGAGUUGGGUCAAGUUUUGGGGAAUGGCAGGUCGAAGCCGAAGAGCAUGGUUUAGUGUUCUGUUGGGGCUGGUUGUCGGGUUCACCCUGGCUUCCAGACUCAUAUUACCGAAGGCUACGGAGCUGAAGAAAUCCGGUCAGAAACGCAAGGCGAACCCAGCCGGUUGCGGGUUGAACGGGGGUCUGAGGAGAGAAUACGGUGGGGUGUUAUGGCCCCCGCAAGAUAACGGAUUUUCGGCGACCGAGAAGCCAGUUCCGAGGUCCAACAAUUUCCUUUACGUCGGCGUCAUGACUGCCCAGAAGUACCUGAAUAACCGCGCCAUCGCGGCACAUAGAACGUGGGCUCAGACCAUCCCGGGCCAUGUGGAGUUCUUCUCCAGCGAGGGUUCGGACACCACCAUUCCCAUCCCCAUCGUGGCACUGCACAACGUGGACGACUCCUACCCACCGCAGAAGAAGUCCUUCAUGAUGCUCAAGUACAUGCACGACCACUACCUGGACCAAUAUGAAUGGUUCAUGCGGGCCGACGAUGAUGUGUACAUCAAGAGCGAGCGCCUGGAGGGCUUCCUGCGCUCGCUCAACAGCAGCGAGGCCCUCUUCCUGGGCCAGACGGGCAUGGGCGCCCGCGAUGAGCUGGGCAAGCUGGCGCUGGAGCCCGGCGAGAACUUCUGCAUGGGUGGCCCCGGCGUGAUCAUGAGCCGCGAGGUGCUGCGCCGGAUGGUGCCCCACAUCGGCCAGUGCCUGCAGGAGAUGUACACCACGCACGAAGACGUUGAGGUGGGCCGCUGCGUGCGGAGGUUUGCCGGCGUGCAGUGCGUCUGGUCCUACGAGAUGCAGCAGCUGUUCUACGAGAACUAUGAGCCCAACAAGAAGGGAUACAUCCGCGACCUCCACAAUAGCAAGAUCCACCGGGCCAUCACCCUGCACCCCAACAAGAACCCGCCUUACCAGUACCGCCUGCACAGCUACAUGCUCAGCCGCAAGAUCGCCCAGCUCCGCCACCGCAGCGUCCAGCUCCACCGUGAGAUCGUCCAGAUGGGCCGCUACGGGGCGGCCGAGCCCAGCCGAGAGGACCUGCAGCUGGGCAUGCCUCCAUCCUUCAUGAGGUUCCACCCUCGGCUCCGCGAGGAGGUCCUGGAGUGGGAGUUCCUGACGGGCAAGUACCUGUUCUCCUCGUCUGACGGUCAACCCCCCCGCCGGGGAAUGGACUCCUCCCAGCGUCUGGCCCUGGAUGACAUCAUUAUGCAGGUGAUGGAGAUGAUUAACGCCAACGCCAAGACGCGGGGACGGGUGAUCGACUUCAAGGAAAUCCAGUACGGCUACCGGCGGGUCAACCCCAUGUAUGGGGCGGAGUACGUGCUGGACCUGUUGCUCCUCUACAAGAAGCACAAAGGGAAGACCAUGACGGUGCCGGUGAGGAGACAUGCCUACCUCCAGCAGACCUUCAGCCAGAUCCAGUUCAGAGAGGAAGAGGAGAUGGACGCCAAGGCGCUCGCCAGCAGCAUCAACCAGGACUCUGACUCCCUGUCCUUCCUCUCCAACUCCCUCAAGAUGUUUGUGCCCUUCAAGCUGUCCAGCUCUAGCCAGGACCAGAAGGAGCCGAAGGAGCCUAAGGUCAACAUACUGGUGCCGCUAUCCGGACGCUACGACAUCUUUGUCCGCUUCAUGACCAAUUUAGAACGGGUGUGCCUGAUCCCCAACCAGAACGUCAAGCUGCUCAUCCUCCUCUUCAGCACCGACAACAACACAGAGCGGGUCAAGCAGGUGGAGCUGAUGAGGGAGUACCACAUCAAGUACCCCCGUGCCGAGAUGGAGAUCCAGCCCGUGUCGGGCUCCUUCUCCCGGGCCUUGGCUCUGGAGGUGGGCUCGGCCCACUUCUCCAACGACUCGCUGCUCUUCUACUGCGACGUGGACCUGCUCUUCACAACCGACUUCCUCAAGAGGUGCCGGGGUAACACGGUUCUGGGGGAGCAGACCUACUUCCCCAUCAUCUUCAGUCAGUACGACCCCAAGGUGGUUUACGCCGGCAAGGUGCCCAGUGAGAACCACUAUGUGUUCACCGCCAAGACGGGUCUGUGGCGUCACUACGGCUUUGGCAUUGUCUGUGUUUACAAAGGCGACCUGGUCGGGGCCGGGGGCUUCGACACCUCCAUCCAAGGGUGGGGCUUGGAGGACGUGGACCUCUUUAACAAAUUUGUCCAAUCAGGGAUACGGUUGUUCCGGAGCACGGACCCGGGGAUAGUACACGUUCACCAUCCAGUAGUGUGCGACCCCAACCUGGAGCCCAACCAGUACAAGAUGUGCCUGGGCUCCAAAGCCUCGUCGCACGGCUCGACACAGCAGCUGGCUGAACUGUGGCUCGAGAAGAACGACCACGGCUUCCGGAAGGUCGGGAGCUCAAAUAACGAAUCCCUCAGGACAGCGUGAGAAAGCACUCCGGCCAGGACUGACAAAACCAGUAUGUGGAGUCCCCCAGGCCUGGGUGUCUUUCCCUCUUCCCAUUUGUCUUAGCAGCAUUUUUAACUACCUAAUUUAUUUUUUACAGAAACAAAAAAGACUUACAUGGAUAUAUUUUGGAAAUAUGCUUUUUUUAAGAAAACACCUGAACAUUGAACUGACUGAGACAAACGUGACUGUAGAAGAUGUUUUAAUUAAUGCUGAAAAAGAAAGAAUAUUGAUGAUGAAUAUUCCUUUGGAUGAGCCUACCAUACCUCUGGUAGCAAGAACAAAGUGCUCUGAUGUCUUUUUCUACCAGUCUAGUAAUAAAGACCAUUCUGUGUUAUUUGUACAGUAACCUUGUCCCUAGGUUGUUGCACAUAUAAGCCUGGGAUUUCAACAAUUCAAAGUUUGCCUUAGUGGGAGUGACCAUAGAAUUCUAUGGCAGUGACCUACUGAGUAAAGUACCUGUUGUCAUUUAAUUUGAGCAAAUCACACGACUGUGAGGCGUGUUAUGGGAGAUGAUUGGUUGGUAGAUUAAGCCAAUGCGCCAGGAGUUUCUCAGUCAUUCUGUAUUGACUAACGAAGGCCAAGUUUGAUGCGUUGGUCCACCAGACUCUUCCCAUUUGGGCGAAGGUGUCUGGGAACUACAUGAUCUAUAAAGAGAGUAUGGAUAUGGUGAUAUUGGAGGCUAUAUUAUGUGUACCUCAGUGAUGCUCUUUAAAAGGUGUAGCGUUUGUCUUGUGCGUGGAGAAGAUGGACGUUGUCUUCUCCACAGACCAGCAGUGCUCUAAAUGGAACUGUACUCUUGAUUGUGAAUGUUUACAGGAGGUUGAUAUGAACAAACAUUUCAUCAUUGAAAAAGGUUGACUUAGAUGAAAAGCAAUUUGAAUUAAGACUAAAGGGCCAUUUUGAUUCCUUUUGAUUUGUUUAUAAUACAGAAUAACACUGUUGUUUUUUUCCAUUGAUUUUAGAUUUUCUUUUUAUUUACUUCUGUGAACACAACUGCUGGAUUUAAUAUCUGCAAUUCAUCUUCCGCUGUCUAAUUUAUUGAAUUUGCAGUCUCCAUUCUCUGUUACCUGACUGUUGAAAUAUGUAUAUUAGAAAAAUGGUAUACCCAGCUGUUGUUGGAUAGUGUUGUUUUUCCAUUUUCUUUUUGUUUCUCUCUCAAACUCAUCUGAUUACCAAAGAGUUUUUGCACAGUGUGUUUUAGGUCUUGUGUGUCAUGUUGUUUUCUAGGAGGUGCAGACAUGACAUGUACCGUAGAUGAAGAGGUAGUGGGUGAGGGAGCACUGUCCCGGGUCCAGCUCUUUACUAGCUCUCAUGAGGAAUCUAAGGCCUGUAUCAACCUAGUCAUCCAGAUGUAGGAACACAGGAAGGGGAAGGUAUGGGAAUGCUGUGCUCCUUCAUAGAACUGGAAGGAAUUCUAAAUCAUUUUAGAACUCUUGGAGUGAAUUCCAGAACCUUCUCAGCACCCAUUGGUGCAAUGAAUUAGAAUAGAACUCUUAGAAUGAAAUCUGAUUUUUAUACUGAACAAAAAUAUAAACGCAACAUGCAACAAUUUCAUAGAUUUUACUGAGUUACAGUUCAUAUGAGGAAAUCAGUCAAUUUAAAUUUAUUAAUGAAUCUACGGAUUUCACAUGACUGGGAAUACAGAUCUGUUGGUCAUAGAUACCUUAAAAGAAAUGGGCCUCACAAUGGUCCUCCGGAUCUCGCCACAGUAUUUCUGUGCAUUCAAAUUGCCAUCGAUAAAAUGCAAUUCUGUUUGUUGUCCGUAGUUUAUGCCUGUCCAUACCAUAAUCCCACCGCCACCAUGGGGCACUCUGUUCAUAAUGUUGACAUCAGCAAACCGCUCGCCCACAUGAUGCCAUACAAGUGGUCUGUGGUUGUUAGACCGGUUUGACGUACUGCCAAAUUCUCUAAAACGAUGUUGGAGGCGGCUUAUGGCAACAGCUCUGGUGGACAUUCCUACAGUCAGCAUGCCAAUAGCAUGUUCCUCAAAACUUGGGAUAUCUGUGGCAUUGUGUUGUGUGACAAAACUGCACAUUUUAGAGUGGCCUUUUAUUGUCCCCAGCACAAGGUGAACCUGUGUAAUGAUCAUGCUGUUUAAUCAGCUUCUUGAUAUCCCACACCUGUCAGGUGGAUGGAUUAUCUGGCAAAGGAGAAAUGCUCACUAACGGGGAAAUGAGCUUUUUGUGCGUAUGGAACAUUUCUGGGAUCUUUUAUUUCAGUUCAUGAAACAUGGAACCAACACUUUACAUGUUGCGCUUCUAUUUUUGUUCAGUGUAGAACUCUGAGAAUGAAUUAUAAUUCUAUGAAUUAUCUGGUCCCUGUCCAUAUAGCUGUCUAUUUAGGAGAAUGUCUUCUGUGCAGUAGCACUCCCCUGGUUUUGGGUUCAAGUUUAAAGGUCUCCUCUACUCCACACAGUCUUUAAGCCCAAGAGAAGACAGGGUCAGCUAUACUUGGAGCAGGAGGGACAACUGUGCUCUACCAUAAUAGUCUUGGUUUUCUGGGGAUUUUUAAUAUUUCUGUUGUUCAUUCAGCCCUGUCCAACUGGGAAAGGUUUUAUAUUUAAGAAAUAAAAUGAAAAAUGUUUAUCAAAAAUG